AUGUCCAAGAAAUCAUCGUCCUCUCCUGAAGCACCAAUUAUUUUGUAUUCGGAUCAGUUCGUCCACAUUAUCAAUAAUGAGAAUGGUAGUGCCGAGUUGGUGGAAGGACCCACUCGAUUCUAUCUUCCUGCCAAUAAGAGCAUUGAUAAGUCGGGCGUUCAAACAAAGAUCAUCGUGAGAGAACGACAAUACGCAGUUAUUCUCAACCCUUUUAAUCCAACGACUAGAACCACCCAUCAUGGCCAAAAAGAUAUUCGUAUUGGACCUGCAACUUUCUCUUUAUUCCCUGGUGAAGUGUUGAUGGAUGGCUAUGUAAAGGAUGCCGACAUUCUCAAUAAGAAUGAAUACAUUAUCCUUCAAGCCUUAAAGGAUCAUGAGAUUGAGGUUCCAUCCAGCUUGGAUGCGAGUCAAAUGAUCCGACAAACUUUUAAGGCUGGAGAGAUGAGACGUCUUAUUGGUCCAGCUAUCUAUUAUGCCAAUACCAAUGAAGAAAGAGUCGGUGGAGUCCAAACAGCCAUCAAUAUUGGAGAGAAUGAAGCCAUUUAUGUUCGCAACACGUUGACUUCCGAGUUGAAGACAGUGAAAGGACCACUCUCCUACUAUUUGGAAGUGAAUGAAGAGUUGUAUUAUAAGAAGCUCACCAAUAAGGAAUAUGACGCUUUGGAAUUGCCCUAUACCCCUUCUUACAAUGCCUAUCAUAUUCAAAUUCAAAAGAAUGAAGUGGUGUGCAUCAUUGAUUACAAGGCAGGUAUCGAAAGAUUCUACGAAGGUCCUAAAUCGAUGAUUCUUGAUUGUUCGGAAGGUCUAAGAACUCUAUCGAUUUCUGGUGGAUGUCCAAAAGUUGAAAACGCCGUCACAAUUGCACUGAUUAAUAAGGGACCUGACUUUAUGACCGAUCGAUUCCAAGUUCGUACAAAAGACAAUGCAGUCUUAGAUAUGGAACUGACCUACAAGUGGCAAUUUAUUACUUCAGAAAAACCAUCGAAUGAGGAAUAUGAAAAGUUGUUUUCUGGUGACUUUGUUGGGUAUUCAUGCCAAUCGUUGCGAUCUCGUAUUAGAGAGCUCGCAUCAAGUCAUGACUUUGAAUCCUUCCACAAGGGCGCCUCUGAUAUUUUACGUAAAAACUUGUUCAAGGACUAUGAAAUCAAGUUUGAUGAUGGUUCAAGCACUAACAUUCAUGGAAGAUUGUUCAGAGAAUUCUCAUUCCUUGUGUAUGCGGUAGAUGUGAAAGAGUUGAGACCCGUAGAUCCAGAAAUUGCUCAACUCUUGGACAACUCCAUUAAGAGCUCAAUGAAUAUCAUGUGCUCCAAGUUGCAAGAGAAUGCUAAAACUUUGGCAGAGAAGGAACAAAUUCAAUCCGAAAUUGAGUUUGCCCGUCUACGUAAGGACCUCAUCCAAAUCAAAAACAGCAAUACCAUGAAAGAAAAGAUUGAACAAGCUAAAAUUGAAGGCAAAGCGCAAGUUGAGAGAGAAAAGGCAGAACACGACAGUGUAGCCUUGCUCAAAAAGGCCAAAUAUGAAUUGGAAUUGGCUCAAAUCAAACAAACCAUGGCAUUGCUUGAAGGUGAGAAGGGAGACAUGUAUAUUGAGUAUGUGAAAUUGAUUGGAGCCACCAAGAAUGUGAAAAGAGCAACCAUUCUCCCUCAGAAUACUCAACUCAAGCUCAACGUAACCCAAUAUUAG